AUGUGGGCACUGAAGAAAGCUCUUGAAUGCCUCCCUUGUCCGAGGAAGAUCAACGCAGCCAAGAAGAGCGACAGCACGCCUAGAGACUCGUCGCUGGAGUCUCUUGAAGCAGGGGCUCAUUGGGAUCAUUUCGACGACUGGGACAGUAAACCCACCAACACCGGGCCGCCUCCUGUAUUGCAGAGGUUGGAAGACUUCGAUGGGAUGGCGCCCAUGGAGCAAAAGGAAACGAGGGAGGAACCAGACUUCUUCGGUCAGCUGGGACUACAACCCAACUAUCAGCCUCCUAAGAAGAUCGAUGUCACCCCGAAGGCCUCUGCGCUGAAGAUGAGUCUGAGUAUGGACGAAGACAUUGACAUUGAGGGGUGGGAGGCAGGGAAUGCAAAGAAGCCGAAGAAGAAGCUCGCAGCAGUGCGGAUGAGCUGA